AUGGCAAUUCUGGCGUCACUGCCAGGUCUCAACCUUUUCUCUUCUCUCCCUUCAACGCCACCACCGAACAACAAAACUACGCCGUCCACUUCAUACUCGCCACCUCCGCCCAUUCAAAUUCCCAAGUACCCGCCUCCUCUCAGGAGAUCCCAGAAACCUCAAAAUUUCACUCCCAAUCCCGCAUUCAAAAUCCCCCACCGGCAAACAAAGUACUACAAGCCCGUCAAGGAAGGGCAGGUCAUCACAUCAGAAGGCGACCGUUCAGUCCUCGUCGGUGAGUCCGGUGUGUCCUAUCUUCUUCCAGGGGCCCCAUUUGAGUUUCAAUUCAGCUAUUCGGAGACGCCGAAGGAGGCGCCCAUUGCGAUUCGGGAGCCCGCGUUCCUGCCCUUUGCGCCGCCCACGAUGCCGCGCCCUUGGACCGGAAAGGCCCCGCUAAAGAAAUCGAAGAAGAAUAUUCCACUUUUCGAGUCUAUUAACUCGCCCCCACCUGAUAAGAAGGGCGCCAAGUACUUGGAGAUGCCGCGUCCAUUUCCGUACGGCAAGUACCCAAAAGUGGGGAAAACGAGGGAGGAGAUAUUAGGUGAGCCAUUGAAGAGAUGGGAGAUUAAAAUGCUGGUUAAGCCCCAUUUGUCUGAUAAUCGCCAGGUUAAUCUAGGAAGAGAUGGAUUGACGCAUAAUAUGUUGGAGUUAAUACAUACACAUUGGAGGCGGAGCGAAGUUUGUAAGGUCAAGUGUAAAGGGGUUCCCACUGUUGAUAUGAAUAACGUCUGCAGAGUUAUUGAGGAAAAAUCUGGCGGAAAAAUCAUACAUCGAGUUGGUGGUGUAGUUUAUCUUUUCCGUGGGAGAAACUACGACUCUCGUACACGUCCACAGUACCCACUUAUGCUCUGGAAACCGGCUACUCCAGUCUACCCUAAACUUAUCCAAGAGGCUCCUGAAGGAUUGACAAAGGAGCAAGCAGAUGAAUUACGGAACAAAGGGAAAAAUCUUUUGCCAAUCUGUAAAUUAGCCAAAAAUGGGGUAUACAUUACCCUGGCGAGAGAUGUCAGACAAGCUUUUGAAGGAAGUCCCUUGGUGAAGAUUGACUGCAAAGGAAUGCAUGCCAGUGACUAUAAGAAAAUAGGAGCUAAGCUAAAGGAACUAGUGCCAUGUGUGCUAUUGUCUUUUGACGAAGAACAAAUAUUGAUGUGGAGGGGAAAGGGUUGGAAAUCGAUGUACCCUGUGAUUCCUACGUCUUCAGUUACUGCUGAAGGUGACACCGAAGCUGAUUCUGAUAUUUCAGGCAAGACUGAAGGUGAUCCUUCCAAGUCUGAGAUGAAAGCAGUAAGCUCUAGCCCAAAAAUGAUGUCCCUGUGGAAGAAGGCAAUUGAAUCAAACAAGGCAUUGUUGCUAGAUGAAAUUGGUCUCGGACCUGAUGCACUUUUGAAGGUGGUGGAGGAAUUUGACACUGUUUCACAGGCCACAGAGCACUCUUACCCAGCAUUAAUCUCUUCAAGAAAUGAAGAUGGUACUACUAAUUCCAUGGCAGCAUUCGACAGUAAUUCUCCUACCAAUGACUAUGGUGAUGAUUACCUCGACAAUGAAGAUGUCGAUGAUUAUGAAUAUUAUGACGACGACUCAUUUGAAGAUGUUGAUUCAACAGUCCCUUUGGGGUCAUUACCUGUUGAUCGGAUUGCAAAGAAGCUUAACUGGGAAUGAACUGACAAUAUCAUCUGAUAUCAACGAUGCUAACGGGAUGAUGUAAAUUUCUGCAAGCGAUAAUGCCUGUGAACUGUUUACUCAAAGUUGAAGCAAUGAAAAUGUUGCUGCAUUGGUGAGGUUUAAGGCUUUCCCUUGCUUUGUUGUAAAAAAAAUCAUUUGCAGUUACAGAAUAUUCGAUCAAAACGAAUCAAUAUCUGGAAAUUAUUUUAUCAUAUUAACGACAGUCUACUUACCUUUCACAAGGUAAAACAUCAUUCAAAUAAGGUAACAAAAAGUCCAAGGAAAACAACAAA